AAAAUGUUAUUUAUUAUUAUUAAAAAUAGAAAAUAUUACAGGGCUAUAACAGAGUAAAAGAAACUAGUAUAGUUCUCUAAAAAUUAAGCUUUGGACACCUAACAACGAUCCUAAUCAGGAAAAAUACUCAAAUGGACUUUGGACCCGGCUGCAGCAUAUGGAAUCAUAAAGAUCAUUAAACCAGAAAUACCACUCUCCGCUCAACAAGAAGAUCCAGUUCCUUCGUGGCAAUAUUUUUGUGAUAACUCGGCGAUAUCAUCUUGAGAAUCCGAAGGAGAAAUCAGCUCUUUGUGACGUAAUGUCGCCUUUCUCCUUAUCGCAAUAGUAUGCCCCAAGAUUAGUUCACAACUAUCGGCUAGGUGCAAAUUCCAAUAAUCCACUUGAUUUACUAGAGCAAAGGAAACUCUACUAGUUCCAAAAUUGAGCAGCUGAAGGUGAAGAGUAACCCAGAGCGCCAUGACCACCACUGAAAAUGUCUCCGCUGAGCGCAAGGCCAAUCCUGUGAAAUCCUUCCUGACCGGAGGAUUCGGAGGCAUCUGCAAUGUGCUCUCAGGUCAUCCGCUGGACACGAUUAAGGUGCGUCUGCAGACGAUGCCCCGGCCGGCGCCCGGCGAGAGUCCCAUGUACAGGGGAACCUUCGAUUGUGCCGCCAAGACCAUCAAGAACGAGGGAGUCCGCGGGCUGUACAAGGGAAUGUCGGCUCCUUUGACCGGAGUGGCACCCAUCUUUGCCAUGUGCUUCGCUGGCUACGCGCUGGGCAAGCGCCUCCAGCAGCGCGGCGAGGACGCCAAGCUCACCUACUCGCAAAUCUUCGUGGCCGGCUCCUUCUCCGGCCUGUUCUCCACCCUGAUCAUGGCGCCCGGAGAGCGGAUUAAAGUCCUUCUGCAGACGCAACAGGGUCAGGGAGGCCAGCGCAAGUACAACGGCAUGAUCGAUUGCGCAGGGAAGCUCUACAAAGAGGGAGGACUCCGCAGCGUUUUCAAGGGCAGCUGUGCCACAAUGCUCAGGGAUCUGCCCGCCAACGGCCUGUACUUCCUCGUCUACGAAGCUCUGCAGGAUGUGGCCAAGGCCAAGUCCGAGACGGGACAAAUUAGUACUACCUCAACGAUUUUGGCUGGCGGAGCUGCCGGCAUGGCGUACUGGAUUCUGGGAAUGCCAGCCGAUGUCCUCAAGAGUCGUCUGCAAUCGGCGCCGGAGGGCACUUACAAACACGGAAUUCGUAGUGUCUUUAAGGAUCUGAUUGUUAAGGAUGGUCCUUUGGCCUUGUAUCGCGGCGUUACGCCCAUCAUGAUCCGUGCCUUCCCGGCCAACGCUGCCUGUUUCUUUGGCAUUGAGCUGGCCAACCAGUUCUUUAACAUUGUGGCGCCAAAUUUCUAGUGAAAUAAAUUUAGUGACUCACUAAAGUGUUCUUAAA